GGUUUCGUUACUGGUGGCGUUGCAGGCGUCAUCAGAAAUUCUCCCCCUCUUCUAUUUGCUCUUGGAUCCAGCAUUCAAUGGUUCGGUCUGGGCACUACAUUUUGGGGUACCAGAAGCUUCAUCUUCCAAGCAUGGGAUACUGGCAAAGGCCUGACCAGAAGUGACAAAGUCUCUGCUAGCACCAUCGCUGGCGGUGUGGCUGGUAGUGGUGUUGGUCUUCUCACUCGCGGCCCUCGGAACGCCAUCCCUGGUGCUAUCAUGUUCUCUCUCUUCGGUUUCCUUGGCCAGACUGUAUCGAACAGAUUCGACAAGUCCGAUAUGCCAGUCUCGGACGAACCCCAACUAAAUUUCUGGCAAAGGUUUGCAAGCCUGAAGUGGAUGCCUGUUACUGUCCUCAACGAUGGCGAGUACGAGAACAUGUUGCGCGAAAGACAGCUCAAACUGGAAGCCGAGAUUGCUCUUGUGGAUGAGCGCAUCGAAGCUUUGAAAGCACAGAAUGCUCAAGCCGUUCCUGCCAAGACUUCUGCUUCAUGA